CUGGGUGUUCUAGACUCUAUACAGAGCACAGUCAUUGUUUGUAAAUAGUGAUUUUGUAUUUUUUUAUUCUUGAUGUCUAAAAUAAGUUUCAUAAGAAUUUAAACUGGAUAUUAAAUUAUGCAUUAGCUUAGAAGAAACUUUUUCAACAGUUUGAUUUAAAACAUUAAUAUUGAACCACUUGGUCAUGCUGUGUCAAAAAAAUAAAUAAAAAAGGAACAACAAUGAAUGACAGUAUAAAAUAAUGUGCAAUGUUUUUUGCAAAGAAUUCAAAGGUUGGUGUAAAUCAUUCACAAGAACUGAAGCUUUUCUAACCAUUUUGGAAGGUUUUCUAUUGUUUCUAGUCUUUGGGUUUUUGGUUUUUUUAAUACUACAUUUUUUGGCAUGCCCAAGUGAUACAGAAACUCUGUAUAAUGUAGAAACUACAACUGCAAAAUUAACGACAUUUACACCAAAAACUAAAACAAAAACCACUGUUAAAUCAACUUUUACAUACAAUGCACCUACUACUUUGGCACCUGAAUGCACAUGGAAACCUUCUGAGAAGACAAAAGCAUACAUAAAAUAUUAUGAAUAUAACACAACCACAUACAAGUCUGUUGAUACAUCAGCAGAUAUCACAGAUUAUUCUGAAAGGGACAAAGAAAUAGGACAUCCAGAUGAGAAUAAGAAGGACAAUGAUUCUAUAAAAAUUAAAGACUACAGUUUAAAUAGCCAAUCUGGAGGAAAUAAACAUGUGGCAAUUAAACUUCAACCAGUGUAUGACUAUGGUGAUGAUAUUGACUUUAAACCUGAUGAAUCAGAUGGAGAGGAAGCUGAGGACCUGUACCAACGCUAUGUGCUUGCUCUGGUCAAAGUGAACCCUCCCAGAAACAUAAUUUUCGGCUGCACACUGACAAUAGUUACAGAAUACUGGACUGUAACUGCUGCAAGCUGUAUUGAAGCAAUUGAGGAAGUAGAUUCCCUGGAUUCAUUUGUGAUGAUUGAAGAUUAUGGUGGAGUGAGAAAAGGAAGAACACAUGUCAUUUCUGACGUACAAAUACAUCCAAUGUAUGAGGGUGUGAACAAGAGUUAUGAUCUAACAGCCCUGAAAAGUGAGGACAGUUUAAUGAGGGGCUCAGGAUAUGCAGUGGAGCUGCCUAGUCUGAUUGACUAUUUCAUGAUAACUAUUGGAGAGAGAUUAACAUUGUUGGGAUUUGGACCAUACAGAACGAUCGACACUGGCCCACUGGGCAAGCGCCUGCACAAGGUGUACGUGUACUCGCUGCCGCCGGCGCAGUGCGCGGCACAGGCGGAGGCGGAGACGUGGUCGCUGCGGCACCUGUGGGGCGGCGCGGCGGUGCGGCGCGGGCGCUGCGGCGCGGGCGCGCUGUGUGCCGCCGCGCUGCACUCCCGCGGGGCGCCCUGCAACUACUGCGCCGGCGCGCCGCUGCUGCGGGGCCCCGCGCUCGUCGGCGUCAUGAGUAACAACCAGCAGUGCGGAGUGGCGUGCGAACCGCAGCUCUAUGUCAACAUCGCCGAGAUUAGGGACUGGUUGGAUUUCGUUACUGGCACCAAAUAAAUGUUUUAUAUUCAUA